GUUACAAUACGGCAGUGAGUCGGCCUGGUUGCGAUUCCCACAAUUGCUCCGCGUGUGUCUCCCCAAUUGCGAGUAUAUAUCCUGAUUCGCGUCCAAGGAUAAUCGCCAGAAAGACAACUGUUUUGCCAAAAGGAAUCGGGAUUUAAGUAGCAUCCUGUCGCAAUGAGAACCCUGCCAUUUUUGUUGGCGUUGACGCUGUUGGUCAUUGGAGCCAUAGCCACAGCCUCAUCCUCUAGCAGCACCAGCACCACAACCUCGGUGAAGCCAAAAACAGAGACCAAGUCAGAGAAGCCCACCAAGCAGCCUUCGGCAUCGGCAUCGCCAUCGUCCAAGGCCACAACCACCACCUCCACCACCUCCACCACCCGCCAAUCGAAAGCCUUGAAGCCGGGCGACAAUCGUGGCAAGAGAACGCUCUAUGACUUUGGAAAUGCCGGCUAUCUGUAUCCGGAAGUGGCUUCUCGGAGAGCGGGCUAUGUGGACAACACCGCAAGCUAUUAUCCCCAGACUGGCUACUACAAUGGCCAAAAUGCAAUUGCUCAAUAUCCAGGCAACUUUGGACCCGCCUAUGCUCAAUAUCCCCAGUAUCUGGAGGCUCCCGAGCCCAUCAUCGAGAUCAUCAUCAAGGAUGCCAAUGAGACCUUGGCCGAAGAACCACCUCAGCCAAUUGUGACCAAGAAAAAGAAGAAGAAGGAGAAGGUGCACGUGUUCUAUGUGAACUACAAGAAGGAUCAGAACAACAAGUUACAUCUAGAGUCCCCCAUUGCCUCCCUGAACAACGAUGAUAAUGAAGAGGAAGAAGAAGAGGAAGAGGUCAUCGAGUAUCCAGUAACACCCCUGCCCCCUGUAAAGUCAACCACUCUCCGUACAAUUAUCCAUCCGGACUCUGAGAAAUAUCACAGCAACUCCGGCAUUCAUGUGUCCUUUGGAGCUGAGAACAAACACCAGACUGGACACAUUCUGGAGGAGCACGAUGCCGAGAGCAUUCAGCGUCAGGUGGUGGCUCUACCGCCUUCGGUGUCCGCCAAAACAGAGGGAGGAUACAUCAGUAAUACCCGAGCGGAUUAUGGACGAGAGAACAAUUUUGGCAGGGGACCAGGACCGGUUUCCAAUCUCCUUUUCGGCAGCAACUAUCAACAGUCUGGCAUUAACUACCAGCAGCAACAGCAACAACUUCCCACACAGCACAGCAACAACUACUUUAGGCCACCAGCGGCUCUGGUGGGUCCUCCUCCCAGCUAUCCCAAGCCAGCACCUCAGCAACAGGCCCAGCAGCAACAUCGUCCCAGCAUCACUCAGCAGCAACUGCCCUCCACUUCCUCACAGACCAUUUUCAAUAAGUUGGUGCAACAGUCGCAGUACUACAUCAACCACAAUCAGCAGUACCCGCAACAGCAGCAGCAUCACCAGCAGCAGCAGCAGCAACAACAUCAGCAGCACCAGCAACAGAUACCGCAGCAACAUCUACAACAGGCACCACAGCAACAGCCACUGCAGCAACAGCAAUAUCAAAAGCCUCCACACAAGCAGGUCCAGGUGCCAUUCUUUCCCACAAUUCCCCCAAAAACCGUGACUCCUGCGCCUUAUCAGCCCGUCAAAUUCCGUCCUACACCAGCACCUGUAUCCCAAGUGAAACCUCUUCCUCUGCCCGUUAAGCUGGACAAUUCAAACUACCAACAGCAGCAGCAACAACAACACUAUCAGCCACAGCAGCAACAGAAGUUGCCGCUGCAGCAGCAAUCUUUCCAGUUCGUGCGUCAGCCUCAAUUCGUGCAACAGCCACAGUUUGUGGUGCGAUCUCCCACUCCACCGCCAGAAUAUUACACUCAGCAGAAGCAGCAGACACAGCAGCAACAUGUCCAGCACCAACAUGUACAGCAGCAACAUAUUCAGCAGCAGCAACACACCCAGCAGCAACAAUCCCAGCAGCAACACUCCCAGCAGCAACAUCUCCAAAGCGGACUUAACUACUUUGACAUUAAGCCUUCCAAGGAGACGGAGUUGCUGAAGUCCAUUCCUAAGUUCGAGCAGCACAUCACCGAGACUGUCCAGAAUCCCAUUGCUCAAUCGCAACAGCCACAGCAGCAAUAUCAGCAGCAAUUUGCCUAUAGCAGCACGCGGAAUGAGGUGAUCCAUGAUGUUCCUGCUCCCAAUUUGGGACCCACAGCUCAGCAACCCAUCUCUGGUCACUACAUCACGGCGGGCUCAUCGAACUCUCAACUUUCUCAGCAGCAAUCUCACUUCUCCACCUUUCCUAGUAUAGCUCCAUCACAGCCUCCCGUUUACGCUGAGUCCACUCAUGGCCAGAAAGUCAUGGUGGUGACCCCAGUGCCCCCAUCCUCCAACUAUGUGACCUAUAGCCAAUACUCCCAGGCUGCCAACGAGCCGGUUGUCCAUGUCAAUGCCCAAUCCGCUGCUCUGCAGGCUCAGGCCAGCACCAACUUUGCCCAACAGCCCAGGCAGCCAGCUUCCUCGCUGAUCAGUGCCCCAUCUACGGAUAACUCUCCCUUCAGUGUGUCCACCUUCCACUCGGAUGUGUUCAAGGAGCUGGAACAGCGCAACCAGAAGAAGGAUAAGCAGACGCCACAACUGGUGCAGCAACAGGCUACCAAGAUUGCUGCAGCUCCAGCUCCGGUUCCAGUUCCUGCUCCCGCUCCCACUUCCACUCCUGCAACUUUGCCCAAUGGCAAGGCCUCGCAGACCCUUCUCCAACUGCCCGACGAAGUGCCUGAUGAUCUUCGCCAGCAGCUCUUCUCCUCUGGAAUCUUGAACAAUGCCGAUAUCUCCAUCUUAGACUACGACAAGCAGGGAGAUAUCGCACUGGAGAAUCUGCCCGCUGAGCAUCUGCAGCAUUUCUACGGAGCUGGUGGUGGUGCCCAGAUUGCCGAGACUAAGAAGGUUUUAACCGUGGUCAAGCCCAAUGGCGAUAAGGUGGCUCUCAGUGAGAAGCAACUGGACCGCGUCAAGCAGAGUAACUCCCUGCCCCAGAAACAGGAUCUCGAUGUGAAGGUGGUGCGCUAUGAUGCUGCUCAAGGUCAAAGUGUGAGCGAUAAGUACGUGCGCACCGAUGCCACCGUCGUGACGCCAGUGGACUUGGCUGAACGCCAGCAGUACAACCGGUACCUCCCCUUGAAAAUCAACGGAGCGCAGUUCCCGAUCCCCGACAGUGAGGAGCUGGUGGGCAAGCGAAUUGUCAGCGUGGUGGUCCUGGCUCCCGUGGAGGCUCAGAACCAAGCACAGGGAAGUAGUGAGGCUCGUAGUGCCGAUGGCAAGGAGGUCAAGUUCCUGGGCGGUGAGCUCAUCAAGACGCUUGUGAAGAAACCCACUAAGGAUAAUUUUAAGCGCUGGCUGGAGAAGGAGGCGCGAACGGACUUGGAACUGCAGUCCGUCGUCUUGCUGGUGGCCAAAUCCACCGAUGCAUCUGCGGAACAAGAGAUUUUCAUGUACGACAUUGCAACGGGCAGCAUUAACCGCCUGAAUGGAGAGCUCUCCAGCACGUUUGUCAACGUGGCCGAGGAGAAUGCCAGCAGCGAGGAUCUGGAGCACGCCGCCACCUUGGACCCCAGUUCGCUGGAGUCCAUGAUGCAUCUGCGCCGCAGAUAGACAUCGCGAUCGAGUCGAGUCGCCGCAGUCCACAACAAAUGCCAUUUAGCUACUCAACUAGACAUGAUCAUCGUGCGCCCCUGAACAACCCCUCUUGACUUUUACUCCCCCCUUAGUUUUUUUUUCUACACUUUCCUUACUCUCUUUCCUCAGGUUGCACAUUUUCCACUCAAAAAAAAGAAACUCGUUUCAUAAAUCACGGCAUUGCAUCCAAUCCUCUUGUAGUAUUUCCAUUUUGUAAAUAUUCUAUGCUGAUG